AUGGCUGUUCAUUUUUAUCGAGAACUAAAUAAUCUGAGCACGGCAGAUUUUCUUAUUGAAAAUAAGAAGAGAAAAGGGAAGUUUUAUAAAGUAGAGAGAAUUAUCUCUAGAAGAACGCGAAAAAGAAAGGUGAAGCAACAUAAAUGUACUUUAAUAGUGUUUUUAUCAUCGUGUUGUAUUGUAGAAAUAUGUGCUAUUUUAAUAUAAUAACUUGCUGUCUUUUAUACAUUUUAAUAAGGCUGAAUAUCUUGUAAAGUGGAGUGGAUAUGGCUCAUUGGAAAAUAGUUGGGAGCCUGAAGAAAAUUUAAAUGCUUUUGCCUUAAGGUAAGCGGUAUUUUAAUAUAUUGAGACUUGAUUGAGUUGAUAUUUUACAUAUUUACAAGAAGGAUCAUGCUUAACAGCUUAAAAGUCUGCGUCAAGGAUAGACUUUGACAUCUUGUUUUCUUUCAUAUUGCUGUAGAACAUAUUGGAACCCACAGCCAGCUGCAGAUCUGCUUUCCUCAUGUGUUGAUACGCUUCACACUGCAAUGUUGGAAAAUUUUAAAUAAAAAAGUAUGCUACCAACAGUGCUAAACUUCAGGCAUGAUGUUUUCAGAGCUCUAUUUAAAGACCAGGGUGUAGAGACUGAAGAUGGAAGGCAUAUUUUGCUGGAAAAGAAUGACUUUCAAAGGUGCCAUCUCCCGGAACAGUGGGACCAGAUACUAGACCAGUUGGGAAAUGGAAUAAAGAUUGCGUUUCCUGUAAAUGCAAGACCAUUUAUUUCUCAGAGCACAAAAACCUACAGAGUUAUCUGUGGAAAAUUAGUUAAUGCCCAGAUACAAUAUUGA